AUGGACGGCCGGUCGGCGUUUCCGAAGACGUAUCAGGCCAAGCACAUCAUCUAUUCGUUGCCCAUGAUUGAAGCUAUACUUAUUCUGGGCGUCAUGUCCGACGCGCUCCAGGCGGUCAUCGUUACCCUGUUCUACCAGUGGCAUCCGGACGAUCAGAGCAGAGAUCCGGCUAGCACCUUCAAGGAAGGCGUCCAAAUCUCUAAUCUCAACAUAACUCAACCACCGCGCCUAUCGCCCAAAGGAUUCGUGGCAGUAGCCUGCAAAGUCUAUAACCCUCUUAGCUUCUAUAAGGGCUACAAUAUCAUCCUAUUCUUUGUAUUCGCCGGCGUCCUGAUCGGAUUCACUCUUGGUCGUUUCCAGUACCUUAACUUGAACGUCUUUCAUAACGGCUCUACCCCUAGAGAGUACUUUGCGUACCAGUACGGCUACCAAAAGGCUGGGCUACUCAUCCAUUUCGGCGCAAUUUUUCCCAUCGGAUACAUCAUUUUGUUACUCUCGCUACUGGGCAUUAUUGGCGCCUUGAUGAUAGCGAGAGGCUCUCUCAUAGGUGGACUUGACAUUCAGGCAGCUGUCGGGCUUCUCAGCAUUCAUUUCAUCGGGGUUCUUGUGGCCGCAUACGCCAAGACCAAGAGACUCCGAAUCGGCCUACACAGGGCAUGGAUGCUUCGAGCAUGCAACAUUGGCACGUACUAUGCCGCGCAACCUUACGACCAGAUCCUAUCCAUAAUCGGCGAUACAAACCAGACUAUCGAACUCUAUCCAGACUAUACGACGUACUUCCCCGGCAUAAGUCCGAGUUAA